GAAAGAAAGAGAGUACUAGUACACCUGAAGAGAAGUGAAUGAUGAUAGGAUGGAUUGAAAACAAGUAAACAACAACUUAUUGUUGUUAAUACUUUGAUAAGUCGAGAUUCCCAACAUCAAAAAUCUCACAUCUCACACUUAUCAAUAAAAAUAAGACAUCGUGUCACCCACGUGUCUUCGGUCAAAACUUUCUACUAAUUUCCCCCUCCCUCUAUUUUCAUCGAAUGGGGCCAAACUUCCAUGUUAUAAAAUAAAUAACAAAGUUUCUGACCAAAUUCGUUCAUCAUCUGAAAAUGGCGAGAUCAAGUAUGUUGAGGGCGGUGGAUAGUAUAAAUGGUGAGAAAAGGAUGAAGUUAAAUAUGAAAGACAAUAAUACUAUCUUCAUUAGAAUGACGAUGACGACGACGACAACAAUGACUUUGGAAAAACAGCAUCAACGACGAGGAUUAUGGCGAGAAGAGAUAGAGAGAGGAAGUAAACAAGAAGAAGAAGAUGAAGAUGAUGAUGAUGAUGAUUUAAUGGUUUCUAAAUUGGGUGAAGAUAUAGUAAUGAAAAUAAUGGAGAAAUUAGAUGCACGCAGCUUGGCACGCUCUCUUCUCGUGUCUCGUUCUUGGUUUUCUCUUGCCUCUUCUGAUUCGCUUUGGUCUCCCUUGUGUAAGCAACUGUGGAUUGGGAAAGCACAUAUACCUCGGUGGUCGAAAGUUCCAGGAUUGUCCAAAUUGGCUUGUUUUUCCCGUGCAGUCAUUGACAGUAAGCGGACCCGUAUCAUGAGGGACGAUCUCUGGGACCAUUCUUGGGAGUUCCAUUUCACUGAGGCUGCCCCUGAUUAUUGGAAAAAUCUGGACCCAUACUGGGGAGGUGUAGGCCCUCCUAUGCACCGUUACUUCCAUCCGGAUGGGAGCCAGACUGCAGACCCUGAAGACAAGGUAUGGGGUGGGCAUGAAUGUGCUUACACAAUCGUUACCGGGUAUGCUGAUGGAAAGGUCAGGCGAAACUAUGUGAGAAUAAACCGUUGGCCUCACUUGAAUGUUUCGAGGAGAGAUGACUGGGGCUGGGAGAUGUCAAAUGUUGUCUUCGCGUACUCCAGUAUCCCAGAUGCAGAUAAAGAAGGCGGGACUGGACCUUUGUUCUAACUUAUAUUUGCAGGAGAAGUUUGUUUUUUUUUUUUUUACCCUGUAUUUAGUAAUUAGUAGCCCAGUUUAGGAGUCAAAGUUUUAUGACAUCUUUUUAAGAUACCUGAUUAUGCAAGCAGAUGAUGAUGUUUACUGUUUACCUGCUCUUUGUUCUUGUUUUCCUUUGUUUCUUAAAAUAGCUUUUUUAUGGUUUUGUUUCUUUAAUAGUUGAUUUUUGGUGUAAAAGAGAACAAGAGUAUAGGAAUAUCUAUUUGUGUGAAUCAGCUAGGGGUGCUGGUUUAGUUUGGUUAUAGGUGUGAGUUGGAGUUUAUAUUUCAUCUGCCAAUGUUUAUAAGACUAAAGAGGAUGGAAAUCUCUCAUAGAGACUGUGCAACUUUUAAUUUGUCGAUCAUGAUUGUCGGAACCCUCAGAGCUAUUGCUCUAAUUUGGAAUAUGAUGUUUGUUUUCCUCU